AGGCGGGUGAGAAGGCCAAGACAACUUUUCAGCAUGCCUACAUCAAGUUUUCGCACUGGGUGCCCAUGGAAACUUCAUCUCGCCGAAAGAUUACAAGCUAACUAGUGUUAAGUCGUCGAGUGCCAGAUGUAAUUCCAAAGAGUGGACUUUGCGACACUGGCAUCGUCUAUUUUGAUGAUCCCACCUGUAGUUCCAAUGAUAUUAACCGCAUAUCGCAGAUGUUUAUUUCAGAUACUGCGGGAGAAGAACUCCGAUGAGCAAGAAUUGAUGCCCAAACGUUCAUCACACGUACGCCGCAAACAUGGUCCCAUACAAUGCUCACCGGAGCUUCCCUGCGUUGCUCUCCUUCUCGAUCUCAAUGUGGACCCGAAGCUUCGCAUUACAUUUCCUAAGGAGUUAAAACAUUCCAAAAUCGACCAAUGUCUGCGAAUCUACGUGGCACCACAUUUGCAUUCUUACAAAGUUGCGGAACUGCUGCGUGGGCUUGUCUUGCGACAGGAAGAAGCACCAUCGCAGAUCACUUUUAAACAUCUACAUGGACUUGUCAAUUUGGGAGCACUGCUAUGUUACGCCACUCGCGGCGGGAGGCACAAGAUUCGUAACCAUAAUGAAGUGAGAAACCAGACUCGAGGGAAGAAUUCCGCAUUGCGUGGUCCCACAAUAUGUGGAUAUCAUUCGUUGAUUGAGCGUGGGUCAGUACUAGUCAUCCAGGAAACUCAGUCUAGAAAUCCUGACAGCAAUGCCUCUGGCGCCAGUCCAAGGAGCUUUCGACGUGGAUCACCAGUUACUGUCACAAGUCUAGGAAGUGAUUAAUUGAUUCCAGACACGCCGUGACGCAGCGCGUAAAUGUGUAAAUAUACUAGUACAUACUUCGCUGAUCAAUGACUCUUUAAAAUUAUCCGCCAAUCCGAAAAUGCCAGCGUAAUAUUGCAAACUGAACGCUCUGGCUGUGAUCACCGCAAGGGCUAGCCUGUUAGAGCAGUUCACUGCAUGAAUAUAGGCUGGUAGUUGUUGUACA